CGAUCGGCAUGUGUCACUUGUCCAGGGCUCUGCGUUUCAGCACUCAAUCGUCCCGUUCUCCAAACGCUGCGUCUCACGCCGCGUAUCGGUCGAUCUCUCAGUUCAAGUUUGUUCAUCCAUUGUGCUGGAUUUGGUUGCUUGGAAUUCUACUAUAAUGUCCAGGUUCUAAACAAUUGGGCUGGAUUUGGUUGCUUGGAUUCCCAGAACCCUAAUGUCUCUACGAAAAGCCCCACUUCCUAGGCUUCUCCUCAAUAAUGUGUCUUGCAUGAGGAACGGGCACCAAAUCCUGCGGCAUACGAAUGUCUCUCUUCAUGAUGGUAGUGCACUGGUGCUGUCUGGUGCGAAUGGUUCUGGAAAAACUACGAUGUUGCGCAUGUUAGCAGGAUUCAAUCGACCAUCUGCUGGACAGGUCCUCUGGAAUGGUCACGAUGUGACAAAAGCAGGGGUUUUUGAUCAGUACAAGCUUCAGCUUAACUGGCUCUCCCUCAAAGAUGCCAUUAAUGAUAAAUUUACAGUCUUUGAGAAUGUGGUGUGGUUCGAACUACUAGAUAAAAAAGAAGGAAGGUCUAUGCCUGCAUUGGAGCUGAUGGGGCUUGGAAGAUUGGCGAAUGAGAAGCCACGAAGGCUGUCGAUGGGUCAGCGAAAAAGGGUUCAGCUUGCUAGGUUGCUGGCACUGGAUAGGCCAAUUUGGUUGCUGGAUGAGCCAUCUGUGGCACUGGAUGAAGACGGGUUGAGAUUGCUGGAGUAUAUAAUAGCGGAUCAUAGGAAGAAGGGGGGCAUUGUGAUUGUGGCUACUCAUCAGCCAAUUCAGAUAGAGGAUGCCAUGUUUUUAAGGUUGCCACCAAGGUUCCCAAGAGGGAUGUCUCAUACUGAUAUGCUAGAUCGAGCUGAUUGGAUCGUUUAAGAAUAGUUGGAAUGCCUAUUUUUUGGCUUUUGCAGUGUCCUUAUAUAUAGAUCAUUUGGUACGUGGGAAAUAAGGAUUGAGAAUUGUCUAUCUUAUUCAAUUUUUUCAUCCAUUCCAUAUUUGGAUAACUUAAUUAAUGAGUAGGAAUAAAAAAUUAUUUCAAUGGUA